AUGAAAACGAUACGACGUGUUGUAUGUGCAUUAUCAGGAGGGAUUGAUAGCGCUGUGGCGGCGCUAAGAUUAAAGCAAAAAGGAUUCGAUGUUGUUGGACUUUAUAUGGUGAAUUGGGAUCAUUUGGAGGAAGGACAAAGCGAAUGUCCUCAAACACAAGAUAAAUUCGUUGCUAAAAGUAUUUGUGAUCGUCUUGGAAUAGAAUUUCACGUCGUAAAUUUUGUGAAAAUUUAUUGGAAUGAUGUAUUUUUAUAUACGAUUAAUAAUUAUCGUAAAGGGAGAACUGUGGUUCCCGAUAUUUUGUGCAAUCGAAUUAUAAAAUUUCAACAUUUCCAUGAAUAUGCUAUAAAUAGGCUAAAUGCAGAUGCAAUCGCCACAGGCCAUUUUGCAAGAACAAGUUUUGGAGAUUUUCUGGAGAAUCGCUCUGAAAAAAAUAAAGAGGUUCUCUUAUUCCGUGGUUCAGAUCCUAUCAAAGACCAGUCUUAUUUUUUAUCAGCUUUAACUCAAGAUCAGCUAAGACGCUCAAUGUUCCCAGUAGGUUCAUUAACAAAACCUCAAGUAAGGCAAAUCGCUAGUGAUGCCAAUUUAAAUGAAGUCUUAAAUAAACCCGAGAGUAUGGGAAUAUGCUUCAUCGGAAAGCGUAAAAAUUUUAGUGAUUUUAUCGACCAGUAUAUUGAACCAUCUCCUGGACCUGUAAGACUUAUUGAUAGUGGUGAAACAAUUUGGCAUCAUAGUGGUAUUCAUCAUUUUACAAUCGGUAAACGAGUUUCUGUACCUCAUCACCAAUAUAGGACACAUUUUGGGCUAUUUGUUGUUUCACUUGAAUAUUCAACACAAACAGUUUGGGUGUGCGAAGGCACUUAUCAUCCGUCUCUUUUUGCCACAGAAUUUGUUAUAUCUCAACCAGUUUGGAUCGCUAAUUCACCAUUUGAUUUUUGCGGCAAUUGUGAUGAAGCUAAUACUGAAUUCUCUCUUCAACGAACACAUAAACCACAUCCUUGUAAGCUGAUUCGUUUUACCGAUAAUUUAGUUAAAUUAAAACCCUUUUAUCCAGUACGAGCCGCAGCUCCUGGUCAGAUUUGUGCUUUUUAUCGUGAUUCUGAGUGUCUUGGAUGCGCUGAAAUACAAUAUGUGCUAAGGACAUUGGCCGAUUAG